UUAAGGUAGGAGAUACCCGCAAAAUUGUAAAAAAAUCGAAGUGAACGAGAAUAAUCAUUUCUCUGCUUAAGACCUCCCUAUGGAUGUAUAUUUAAUGAUUGUGGGCCUUUUUUGUCUGUUUUCUGAUGCUACACUGAUAAAAAGCAAAAAUAUAACGACCUGCUAUUUCACAGCACGAAUCCUGUUUUUGCGUUGCCAUGGCAACGUUGAAUAAAACGCGUCCUUUUCUGCGACUAUUAUUGGUCUUUUCUGCAAAAAACGGCUGGAACUUGUUAGUUGGUAUACCUGUGCUUACUUCUGGCUGCUAAAAGACUGGUAAGCAGCUUUUGCGACCCACGCGGUCUAAAAAUAUCAAACAGACAGAUUUUAUCUAAAACGCUCUCGUAAACAAACUCGUAUCGACUUAAAAAGUCUUAAUUUUGCACUUUCAAAUCUAUUCAUGAUGGUAAACACUAAGUUUAGGACUAAAAGAAGGCCAGUAGCGAGAGGACAUCGAUCUCGGAAGAGAAAACAGACCGAAGAAGGAGAAGAAAACUCGACUGCUUCUGCAAAGAAAAUUCGCACCCCAGUAGCAAAGUCUUCAAUACAGUCUUCGACGGAUUCCUGCUUGAAACCACCUCAAGGAUACCGAUUUCAAGAUAUGUCGAUCCUAAAACAAGUUCUUGGGGCCUGUGCUAUUUGUAAAUACUGUAAAGAAGGCACUUUACGGCUUUUAGAACGCCAAGCUGGCUGUGGUUUAGCCCGUACUCUUGUGCUGUUGUGCUCCAACAAUGGCUGCCAAGCGAUGACUGAACUACCAACAUCUAAGAGAAUAGUCAAUGGAAAGGCCCGUUUCUAUGACGUAAAUAGACGAUCAGCUUUAGCCAUGAGGGUUAUUGGACGGGGAAGAGCUGCUUUGGUCAAGUUUUGUGCCGUUAUGAACAUGCCAGGUCCCGUAAAACCCAAAUCGUUUUCGAGCCAUGUGAGGGCUAUACACCGCGUCUCUAAACAAGUCGCCGGAAGUGAAAUGGCUAAAGCUGUCAAAGAAAUCCGAAAGUCUAAGGGCUGUAAAGGAGACUCUGUCGCCGAUAUUUCGGUUUCUUGUGAUGGAACAUGGGCCAGAAGGGGCUACCAGUCUCUUUAUGGCAUGGUCUCGGCUAUUGGUGUGGAAACUGGGAAGGUAGUGGAUUAUGAAGUUAAAAGCAAGGUCUGCUACAAAUGUAGAGCCAAAAAAGACUUGGAUCCUCUUUCCCAGGAAUACAUCAAUUGGACGGAGUCACAUGCCCCCAACUGCACUGCCAACUUCAAUAAAUCAUCCAAAGCCAUGGAAUCGGCAGGGGCUGUGGAUAUGUGGAACAGAUCAGUUACUACAAAUAAGCUCCAGUAUACAGAGUUUGUUGGGGAUGGCGAUUGCUCCAGCUUUAAAGAUGUGUCUAACUCUCGUCCAUAUGGUGCUGUCAACAUAACGAAAGUGGAAUGUGUUGGCCACAUACAAAAAAGGAUGGGAGGCAGGCUUAGGCGACUCAAAAGGGACAAAAAAGGUCAAAAACUGAAUGAUGGUAAAACAAUAGGUGGUCGUAACCGCCUGACAGACAACUUGAUUGAUACAUUCCAGAGGUAUUAUGGGAAAGCACUGCGCCAGAAUAUAGGAGAUGUAGAUGGAAUGGAGAGAGAUGUACGGGCCAUCUGGCACCAUUAUGCUUCAACAGAAGAAAAACCCCAGCACCAUUAUUGCCCAGCUGGUUCUGAGUCCUGGUGCAAGUGGCAGAAAGACCGAGCGAAUGGGACCUCCACUUUCAAACCAAAGAAGGUGGACUCGGCAGUUAUGGCGGAGGUACUUCCUACAUUCCUUACUCUCUGUGAGAGGGACUUGCUACAAAGUGUUGCAAAGGGGCUCACUCAAAAUGCAAAUGAGUCCCUUAAUCACCUUGUUUGGGACAUUUGCCCCAAAGAAGGCUUCAGUGGCCCUGAUACUGUAGGGUCGGCUUGUGCAAUUGCUGUUUCCCUCUUCAAUGGUGGUGCCCACACCCUGGCAGCUAUGCUCAUAGGACUCCAUCUUGAGGUGGGAAAGUUAAGUCUUGCUGGAUUUACUGCUAUAGACCAGCAAAGACUGUAUGGUGCAGCUCAGAAGUCCACUGAUGCUGCCAAACUGAAGAGACAGGUUCAGAGAGCUAAACGUAAGAAGCGUCAGGACCACAACGAAGAGGCAGAAGGGCCAAUGUAUGACUCUGGUGCCUUUGGACCUUGAUGUUUUUGUUCAAUUUUGAUAUAUUUUAGUGUGGAGUUAUGAAAUUGGUUAAAAAAAUCCACUUACAAUGGGAUUUUAGCCCUUGUAUUACAAGAAAAUCUGUUAGAAACCAUAUAUCUUAACUUUCGCAUUUUAUAGGGGUUGCGAUAUGGGAACAGCUAUUUUGAGUAAAAUAACCAAGAUGUAUCUAUGAAACUUGGCAUUUAUAUGUAUUUUUGGAUGUAGAAUGCAAUGAAAUACAUAUAAAAACUCUAGGACUUAAAGCUUGUAAGAUAUUCAGCAUCAAAAUUGAUUUUUCAAGCUUUUCUCAAUUUGACAGUUGCCAUAGCAACGUCACACUAUUCAGUGGUCUUGAAAUGUAUAUCAUUGCAUUCAUCUACUAUUGGACACUUAGAUCACCAAUUUUUACAGCAUUACAACUAUCCGUUGUUCAGAAAUAGCUGUUCCAGGAAAAAUAUACUUACAGAUGGCAGGGCUAGUUGAUUGUACCCCUUCCCCCCUGGAAAUUGUACGGAUCAGAAACAAAAUAGUACCACAUGUUAGCAAGAUAAAUGAUCUUUCUGUGUAAAAAAUAUCAAGGUUUUAAAUUAAAAAUGAGGCAGUCUACAGUA